CUCACAAUGAAUCCUAGGCUUCUGUUCCUUGCCGCUAUCUAGAUAUUUCAUUAAUAGUGACUUCUAUAAACCUGGAGGCCCAGUGUUUCUGAUGAUUGAAGGAGAGACAGCUGCCAGUAGAAACUGGAUGUUACCCACUGCUACCUGGGUGACGUAUGCUAAGAGACUCGGAGCCCUCUGCUUACUUCUGGAACACAGAUUUUAUGGACACAGCCAACCAACAGGAAACCUGAGCACUUCCAGCCUUUACUACCUCAGCAGCAGGCAAGCCUUGGCAGACACCGUCAACUUCCGAACCGUCAUUGCAGAGGAAAUGAAUCUCACCAGCAAUUCAUGGGUUGUGUUUGGUGGCUCUUACGGCGGGUGUCUUGCAGUGUGGUUGAGGGUAAAAUACCCCAACCUAUUUGCGGCAGCCUUGGGCAGCAGUGCACCAAUCCAAGCCAAAAUUGACUUUUAUGAGUACCUUGAAGUAGUUCAAAGGUCUCUGGCCGCUCAUAACAGAGAAUGCCCUAAAGUAGUGAAAGAAGCCUCAGAUAUCGUCGUGGAGAUGCUGAAAUAUCCGAAAAACUUUACAAAACUUACAGAUGAUUUCAACUUAUGUCACCCUCUUGAAAUUAACUCAGAACUAGACAGAGCCUAUUUCCUAGAAAGUCUGGCGGGAUUUUUUAUGGACAUUGUUCAGUAUAAUAAGGAUAAUGUGGUUUUUGAGGGAAUGGUCAACAUUGAUCUUCUUUGUGGACUGAUGACUAAUGCCUCACUGGGUUCACCAUAUGAUAGAUAUGUAAGAGUUAUACAUGAAAUCCUCCAAAAUGAAAGGUAUCUUUGUCUUUCUGCAAGUUACAAUCAAUUCGUGGAAAACUUGUCUGACUCUUACUGGGACCAGAAAAAAUUAAGAUCAGACAGGCAAUGGGUUUAUCAGACUUGCACCGAAUUUGGCUACUUUCAGACCACGAAUUCAAAAAACCAGCCCUUCUCUGGAUUCCGUCUGAGGCUUUUUAUUCAGCAAUGUUCAGAUAUCUUCGGCCCUGAGUUCAAUGGUGUCUCCAUGGCUCAAGCUGUCCAGUCUACCAAUGAGUUCUACGGUGGUCGGAAUAUCACUGGAAGCAAAAUCAUCUUUCCCAAUGGUUCCAUUGACCCUUGGCAUGCUCUGGGAAUCAUAAAGAAUAUCAGUGAAGAGUUGCCUGCUGUUUUCAUGGAAGGUGAAUCACACUGUGCAGAUAUGUACCCACAAUCACAAAUUGAUUCACCUCAACUACUUCAAGCACGAGAAAAAAUCUUUGGGAUCCUACAAACAUGGUUAAUGCAAUAGAUCUCUCUGAAAAAUAAGCUCAACAGAACUCAAAAUCUGACAUUCCAUUUUACUGAACAAAUGUAAAACCCACUG